GACGUCCCAGGAUCACCCACGUGAACCAUGCUUAUCGAAAAACAAACGGUCCUAAACCAACCACGUGUCGCACCCGAUGCCAUAUUACUUCGACGAUCCAACGGACCCAACACCUCCUCCUCUGCAACCACGCUUCUCUUCACCGGAGUGACCUUUUUCCGGCCAGUCCCUGCAAAACCCACGUUAAACCCUGGUUUCCUCCUCCGAUUGGCUCAAUUCGCGACCCUCAUGUCAUGAUUUCUUGAUAAACGAAGUAGGUGAAGAUCGAAAUUCAUGGCGGAUUCAGACAACGACUCGGGUGGGCACAACAACAGCAACGCCAACAGCGAGCUGUCGGCGAGAGAGCAAGACCGAUUCCUGCCGAUCGCAAACGUGAGCCGGAUCAUGAAGAAGGCCCUGCCGGCAAACGCGAAGAUCUCCAAAGAUGCUAAAGAGACGGUGCAGGAGUGCGUGUCGGAGUUCAUCAGCUUCAUCACUGGAGAGGCCUCCGACAAGUGUCAGCGAGAGAAGCGGAAGACGAUCAACGGCGACGACUUGCUGUGGGCGAUGACGACUCUGGGGUUCGAGGAGUAUGUGGAGCCCCUAAAGAUAUACCUGCAAAAGUACAGGGAGAUGGAGGGCGAGAAGAGCUCCUUGGGAGUGAGGCCCGGCGAGAAGGACGGCUCCGGCGGGGGCGGAGCAGCUGCGGGAGGUGGGGGCGCGAUGAGCUCCGGCAGCAGUGGGGGUUUCAAUGGGGGUGGGAUGUACGGUGGGAUGAUGAUGAUGGGGCAUCAUCAGGGACAGGCUUACGGCUCGGGUUCGUUUCAUCACAUGAGCAGCUCGGGCAGCGGUGGCGGCGGCGGAGGAGUGGGUAAGAACAACACCGGCAGUUCGAGCGGCGGCGGUGGCGGGGUGGCGUCAACGGUGAGGUCAAGGUAGGUAAAAGCUAGUUAGGUUAGGUGGUUGAUGAAAAGUGACUACUUUCUAGGGUUCUAAUUGAAUUUUCAAUUUUUUUUAACUUUUUUUUUUUGGGGUGGUGGAGGGGUUGAUGACUUAUGUUAUAAUAUGUAAGUGUAAUUGUGGGAAUUAAAAGAGAUAAAUGCAAUGCAAAUAGUCUGUAUCUGUAACCUCUAAUCAUAAACUUCUAAUUGAGGAUGAUAUUUGAGAACC